CGUCUGGGCUCAGCAGAGUGCGGGAGGCUGACGGCAGCUCCACAAAGCAGCAGCCAAAGGAGAAAGAAAACGGCUGCUCCACACACACACACACACACACCGAUGCUGAGUCACAGACAGGUGGAUUGACUAACGGACAGACCGAGUGGCCCUCUCCCAUGAGCCAGCCGGGAAAAACAUGGAGGAACUGGAACACACCUGCCCCCAGCCGCACACGACUCUCACAGAGCCGGCGAUAUUUGCGAAGGAGACCAGCUGUGGAUGCCGUGCUCCUCACGAGAGACUGACCAUUGAGCAAGCCAGACGCGGGACCCCUGUGGACCGUCCAGUGCGGGUCUAUGCAGACGGCAUCUUUGAUCUGUUCCACUCCGGCCACGCUAGGGCCCUCAUGCAGGCCAAGAACCUCUUCCCCAACUCCUACCUGAUAGUCGGAGUGUGCAGUGACGAGCUCACCCAUAAGUAUAAGGGCUUCACGGUGAUGACGGAGGAGGAGCGCUACGAGGCGCUGCGACACUGCCGCUACGUGGACGAGGUGGUGCGGGACGCCCCCUGGACGCUCAGCCCGGAGUUCCUGGAGCAACACAAGAUUGACUUUGUGGCUCACGAUGACAUCCCAUACUCUUCAGCAGGAACAGAGGAUGUGUACAAGCACAUCAAAGAAGCUGGUAUGUUUGUGCCCACUCAGAGGACUGAGGGCAUCUCCACGUCUGACCUGAUCACGCGUAUCGUGCGAGACUAUGACGUCUACGCCAGAAGAAACCUGCAGAGGGGCUACACAGCCAAGGAGCUGAACGUCAGCUACAUCAACGAGAAGAAGUAUCGUCUGCAGAACCAGGUGGACCGUAUGAAGGAGAAGGUGCGCACGGUGGAGGAGAAGUCCAAGCACUUCGUCUACAGGGUGGAGGAGAAAAGUGCCGAUCUCAUCCAGAAAUGGGAGGAGAAGUCACGCGAAUUCAUCGGCAACUUCCUGGAGCUGUUUGGCCCCGAUGGAACAUGGAAACAGAUGUUCCAGGAGCGCAGCGGACGCAUGAUCCAGGCGUUGUCCCCGCGCGGGUCGCCUAGCAACAGCCCUCCACGGGAGCUGUCCCCCCUGCGCUCGCCCUCACCCCCAUCCCUCUGGGGACACGCCCACCACCAUAGCCACGCCCACUCCCACGCGCGGGCCUCCUCGCCCCCCUCCCCUAAAGCAGCCUCCGCCUCCAUCAGCAGCAUGAGCGAGGGCGACGAGGAUGAGAAGUGAGCCAUCACACACACACACACACACAUGCAUAUGCACACACACACACACACACACA